ACCGACACGAAACUUCGAUGACACUACGAUCGAGGGGCAGCGACGCCCCAGGUUAUCAGUGAAAAGAGGUUGGUGCUCCUAUUGGAGACAGCCUUGCUCUCUCGAAUACACUCGAGCCGAUCUGGGUAUAAAAGCCCUUCACGUCAGCAAACACAAUGGACAGUUCCAUGCGGCGACUGCUGCCACCGCAGACGAUUACAGCGUGUGCCGCAAAUGUUUUUCCUAUUUCCUUGCAUUGCCUUUCAUUUUGCUUUCGCGGACGAUGCUGAUCACCGUCAAGCCACGGAGCUACAGCCGCAUAUUAGCGAUGGGAAAAGAUAGUGAACAUUACUGAUUGCUUUCCUAUGUCUCAAAAUGUCUCUUCUCGAACGAGCUCCCCUCUUCUUCUUUAUCCUCAAUCGACCUCCACUUUCUUUCUGUUGUUGCGCGGAACAUCAUGACCCUCUCGUCGAAAGAAACAGCGUUUCGAGCAACAGACUUAGUGAGGUGAUCUCGUUCGAGGGUUAUAAAGCACUACAGCUGAUUGGAACCAAAAAGUUUCUCAGAGAUAGGUUACGAAAUUGCUGCCUCGAUCGCAGGAAACCCCAUUAUUUCUUAUUUCCUUUCCUUCUCUCCCUUUCUUCUACCCCUCCUCCCCUUCACACCACACGCCUACCCACCCACAGCACGACAUGGCACCUGCAGCAGGGCCGUGCCUAGCGGACCGCAGCGCGAUCCCACGCGCAAAGCUAUCAUAUAUAUGUAGUACGUGCGUGGGGCCGCUAAUGUAGCGAUACGACGCAGCGAUCGCGAUAGCAGCGGCUCCAGCGAUGCUAGUACCCACUCACCCACUACCGCGGUGCGGUGCGGUGCGGGGGUUCCUUCUCGGAGAGUCGCUUAGGCGCAUAUUUAGUGGAUUAGCACUCAGCACGGAACAAGGGCGAGGGCGAGCACCGGCGCGGGGGCGGGAUCGCGCGGGAGCCUUUCGUGUGUGGGCGUAUAUUAUAAAUAUGGAAUACGGGAAGAAGAGGGGCAUAGAUCCAAGCUUGACGAUGAGGAUCGAGUGAAGGGCAAAGGUUGAAUAAGUUUGCGAUUAUUGAGUUUAAGUACGGUUCUUUCUUCCGUUUCU